AGUGGGCUAAAACUACUGCGAGAGAUACUGACACUGCCUGAAAAACUUAUUUUAAGUGUUGUAUUGCACACUAUAAAGUUUUAAGGGUCUUUGGAUCUUUUAAGUGUUUUACUGAAGUCUCAUGCAAUUUAUCCGUGUGUCGCUAAUCGAGAGGAAUUGUCGAAAGAAGAAUGAAAAAUUGAAGCUGCCGAGUGGGCGACUAGCGGGAAAUUGAAAAUGAAAUUAUUACUUCACAGAGCACGUAGUACUUCCCCAACACUGUGCUCAUAAUUUGAUGUGUUUUGAACUUUAAGUGAACAACCUACAUCGAAGAGUAAUCAGGUCAUGUCAACGAUACCUAUCAGAGGGGUUCCAGUUGAUUUUCCAUUUGAUCCAUACCCUUGCCAAAAGGAUUACAUGCAAAAAGUUAUAGAAUGUCUUCAACAGAAUAAAAAUGGUGUGCUGGAAAGUCCCACAGGUACUGGCAAGACCCUGUGUCUGCUAUGUGCAUCUCUUGCCUGGCUGCAUGUUAAAAAGGCAGAAAGUCAGCGACAGCAGCUAGCAGCUGAGGCCUCUAGUGGAUUUACUCACGACCUGGGGGCACAGCUGACAGAAGCUGCUGGUAACAUCUGGGCAGGUGGACUGGGAGUAGCACCUUCUCCAAAGAUCAUCUAUGCCUCUAGAACACAUUCCCAGCUGUCACAGGCAAUACAGGAGCUGAAGAGAACAAAAUACAGCUACUAUCGAGUAGGAAUCUUAGGUUCUCGAGACCAGAUGUGCAUCCAUCCCAAUGUACAAAAAGAAGAAACCAAUACAGCCAAGGUUAAUUCAUGCCGAGCCAAGGUGAAUGCCAGAACAUGUCAUUUCUUCAACAACCUAGAUGCAAAAAAAAACCACCCUGAUUUCUUUGGCACUGGGCAGGCAGAUCCCAAGGUACUAGACAUUGAAGAUUUGGUCAAACUGGGAAAUAAACACAAAGUAUGUCCAUAUUAUAUGGCCAAAGAGGUGAAGACAGAUGCAGAUAUAAUAUUCAUGCCAUACAACUAUCUUCUUGAUCCAAAGUCAAGGAAGGCAAAUGGGGUUGAACUGCAAGGAAAUGUUGUCAUCUUUGAUGAAGCCCAUAAUCUAGAGAAAAUCUGUGAAGACAGUUCAUCGUUUGAUUUUACAUCUUACGACCUCACAACUGCUGUACAAGAACUGCAACAACUGUCUGAAAAAAUGAUAGACCUGUAUAAAGAAGAAGAGAGUGCCACUGUCACAUAUGGAGAUGAAUCUGAAAUAGCACCAGACUUCAAUAUUCAACAAGUUUUGCAAUUAAAAAGUCAACUACUGGAUCUUGAAAAAACUCUUGAUGAACUUGAACUACCUAAAGAUGGCUUGACAAAGGCAGGGGUGUACAUAUUUGAGCUGUUUGGAAAAGUUCACAUAAACUUUGAAACAAAGAGUCAGGUGCUGGAUUUGAUUGACAAGAUUGUAACACAUCUCAGUAGUGAAACAUCUGCAUUUUAUGGCAAAGGGGUUGGCCUUUCCAAGUUUGCUGACAUUCUUAGGAUUGUAUUCAGCAGAGACCCUGAUGAUAUGAACCAGUCCAUGUACAACCACAAGGCUAAACUAGCAAAAUUCUACAAGGUUCACAUAAGAGAAGAUACAAGUAGGCAGAAAAAGAAACCAGCAACAGAUGUAUGGUUGACCAACAAGAAGCAGGAAAAUAAAGGCCGUACAGUCAGUUACUGGUGUUUCAGUCCAGGGCACAGCAUGAAGGACUUGGAAUCUCAUGGCGUGAAGUGUAUCAUCCUGACCAGUGGUACACUGGCACCACUCAACUCCUUCACUGCUGAGAUGCAGAUAGAGUUUCCAGUCCAGUUGGAGAACCCCCAUGUAAUAGAGCACCACCAGGUGAUGAUUGGCACUGUGUGCAAAGGACCAGAUGGCACUGCACUCAAUUCUUCUUAUGAGACAAGAUACAAUGCAGAUUACCAGGCCUCUCUUGGGAAUGCUGUGGUGAAUUUUGCUCGGAUUGUACCAAAUGGACUUUUGCUGUUUUUCCCGUCAUACCCUGUGAUGAACAAGUGUCUGGAGUACUGGCAGGCAAACAGAAUUUGGGAUAGAAUAGUGCAAUACAAACAGAUAUUUGUGGAGCCAAGAGGAAAAAUAGAAUUUCAUCAGACAAUGGAAGAGUUUUAUGAGAAGAUCAAUGAUCCCAAGCUCAAUGGUGCUGUGUUUGCUGCUGUUUGUAGAGGAAAGGUCAGUGAAGGACUGGAUUUUGCUGAUAUCAAUGGCAGGGCAGUGGUGAUCACAGGGCUGCCCUAUCCACCAUAUAUGGAUGCUAAAGUGGUGCUGAAGAUGAAGUUCCUGGAUGAGAUGCAAGGAAAACAACAGAUUAAGGGCUUGACUGGAAGAGAAUGGUACAAACAGCAGGCAUCCCGUGCAGUAAAUCAAGCCAUUGGCAGAGUGAUCAGACACAAACAGGACUAUGGUGCUAUUCUGCUCUGUGAUAACAGAUUCAAAUCUCCUGCAGCUAUAUCUCAACUCCCAUCCUGGGUGCGUUCACACACUAAAGUGUAUGAAAACUUUGGUCAGGCCAUGAAAGAUGCCAUGUUCUUCUUCAAGAAUGCAGAAAAAAUGAUGCCAGCGCCUAGAUUAAAGACAAGGAAAGCAGAAUCCAGCCAACUGGGUUGCCAAGGAGCCUCCUUCAUGCCUAGCAACAGAAGUAUUGGUUCCAAGCAGCAAGUGUCCCAGGCCAGCAGUGUGGUAGCACAUGUGCCUGGAUUAAAGGAGAAAGAAGAUGAAUCUUCUCUUGCUAAAUUGAAAAUCCAAUAUGAAUGCAGUGAGUCCAGCACUUCCUCCAGACGACCAUCAGCAGGUGGGGGUUUGUUGGGGGCUCUUAGCAUGGAAGAGAGAAAAGUUGAAGAUGAAGGUUUUGAUUUGUCACAAAACAGUAUCUCCGUGGAUAAGAUGCAGGAUAAAGUCACCAGCUCAAAAGUACAAAGAAAGAAAAUAAUUUUGAAGGACCGACCAAAAUUUGAUGGUGGUAUGUCCUCAGAAUGUGAAUUAACUAAAGAUGAAAAGAAAAAUCUGCCAGCUGCUAAGGUUUAUUUAAUGCAAGUAAAACAAGCACUUAGUCAAGCUUCAUACAAGUUGUUUUCUUCAACCCUGUUCAAGUAUCAGAAAGAUGGGAAUUUUACCUCCAUGAUUGCAAACAUGGCAGAAAUAUUCACCGAUGAACCCAAAAAUCAUGAGCUGUUGCGGAGGUUAUAUCGCUUUGUCCGAAGUGAUGACAAAUACCAGUUUGACCAGGUGUGUCGGGACCUGACUGGACAGGGGUGCCUCAGCCACCCUGAGACUGGUCCAAGAAAAAGAGUGCAGGAGCAAUUUGAAAGCAAUUCUGAUAAACGUAGAAAAUUAGAGGAUGGUUCUUCGAAGGGUCCUGUUCUGGACACUAAGUCCACAAGUAAAACUGGGGCUGAAUCUGAAGGGAAUCUACAUCACCUGAACUCUACAUCAAAUUUAAGUGUGAAAGCCUUGACAGCUGUAAAGGACAUAAACUCAUCAAAUGUAACAACAGUAAAGACUCUAGUCGAUAAAGAAACAGAUUUAUUGAAUGGCUGUGUAAAAACUAACCUGGCAGAUUCUAAAUCAGAGGAAAAUGUGAAUGUUUUAGCAAGCAACCAAGAUGAAAGAAGUAAACAUUAUGAAAAUGAAGAACAAGAUAAAAAUGAACAAAAAGAGCUGUUUCCAGAGAUUUCUCAGGAAGAGUUGGAUCGAGUGAAAAGCUUCACAUCCUAUGAUCCUCCUCCUAAUUCAGGGUACUUAUGUGCAGUGUGCAAAAAGGAGAGCAAGAUCCCGCUAAAGUCCCCAUGUGAUCACUAUGCUUGCUUCAAAUGUUGGAAAAUGACAUUACAGUCAGCCAAGCAAUGUCCUGUCUGUGGUCAAGAGGUGAGACGAAGACAACUGACGAAGUUGUAUUUUCCAUCGGGACCGCUUAGAGGAGAGGAGAACUGACAUAUGGAAUGGUUACAAUAUGAAAUUUGAAUCGAUGAACAUAUUUAUUGGAGAAUUCAAAUUAAGGAAAUUACACAUUCUCACUGCUUAUUUUACAAAAGAAAAAAACAUCGACAGUUCAUUACCUCGUGACUGUAGAAUAAGUAUGAAUUCACUUUCAAACUCUUUUUUCUUGACUCAAGGUUAUUAAUUUAUUGGAUUUUUUUACAAAAAUGAUAACUUUAUGAGACAGGAGUUUCAAAAAAGAACAUCAGGUUUUUCUUCUUUUUGGGAAUGUAAUAGAACGCUUAGAAUUAUGAAGAAAAUUACAUGAUGUUCAAAAUGAGUAUUUAAUCAUAAAAUGUGUGCUGAGUAGCUUCCACAUCAUGAGAUCCUAUUUUUCAUACAAUAUAACUUAUUUAGAAAAAUGUAAAAUACAUUUAAUCAGACGAGAAUUCUUCUGUGACAUAAUUUAUUAGUGAUUAUCUCUUUUCAUGGAGCCUUGUAAAGUAGUGUAAGAAGCAUGAAGUCUCAGAUACUAGUCUCUUUUUUAUUUAUUUAUUUAAUUAUUUAUUUAUUUAUUAUUAUUAUUUUUUUUUUUUUACGAAUG